AGCUGGAGCAAAGACAAGCGCGCGAGUGAGCUAGUGAACGAGGAAACGCUUUUACCACGGGACCGAUACAAUGAGAAGAAUACAAUGAAUGUCCCUAUUGUGUCGGGAGACAUCGUCGACGAGGAUACCCUGAAACCGCGUUUUCUUCGGGGCUCCGAUCCACGGGUCGCCACUUGCCGGGGCAAAUUGCAGAACAAACGAAGCAAACUUAACCAGGAAAUUAACAAGGAACUGCGACUUCGGGCUGGCGCGGAGAAUCUGUUCAAGGCGACCACAAACAGAAAACUCCGCGAAACGGUUGCUUUGGAGCUGAGCUUCGUCAAUUCGAACUUGCAGUUGCUGAAGGAACAGCUCGCCGAGCUGAACAGCUCGGUAGAACUCUACCAGAAUGUCGACAGCGUCGAACCAGCAAUGCCGAUGAUACCCCUGGGACUGAAGGAAACCAAAGAUAUCGACUUUCGGGACCCGUUCAAGGACUUCAUUCUCGAGCACUACAGCGAAGACGGAGGAAACUACGAGGAAGCUAUCGCAGACCUCAUGGAGACCAGACAGGCGACCCGAACGCCGACCAGGGACACGGCUGGAAUCGCGCUGUUGCUUCGUUACUACAACCAACUGUACUUUGUUGAACGACGAUUCUUUCCCCCCGAUCGCAGUCUCGGCAUCUAUUUCGAAUGGUUCGAUUCGUUGACAGGAGUUCCCAGCUGCCAACGAACGGUUGCGUUCGAGAAGGCCUCGGUGCUGUUCAAUGCGGGAGCCCUGUACACUCAAUUGGCCGCGAAGCAGGAUCGUCGGUCCGCGCGAGGACUGGACCAGGCGAUCGACGCGUUCCUCAGAGCCGCUGGUACCUUUCGUUACAUACACGAAAACUUUACCAACGCGCCAAGCAUGGAUCUCGGGCCGGACAUGCUCGAGAUGCUCGUCCAAUUGAUGCUGGCCCAGGCGAGAGAAUGUUUGUUCGAGAAGCUGGAACUUCAGUCGGCCGAGGGGAGGAACAUGGACGUCUCUCUGGAUCUGGCACAGGAAGCGUCACAGGUGGCGACGGUCUACAGCGAGGUUCACGGUUUGAUCUCGCGGCAACCCGUACGGGAUUACGUUCCAGAGACAUGGAUCUCGUUGAUUUCGGUGAAGCGGGAACAUCAUCUCGCUCUCGCCCACAAACACCUCGCGAUCGGACUGUUUGACCGUCCGAUCGGCGAAUGGCGCGCGGAAACCAAACUCGCGCUCGAACACGUUCAAAAAAGCGACGGGAAGACGCAGCUGGACGCGUCCGUGCCGCGCGACGAGAACGAGAGGAAAGUGUUAGGCAAAGCCCACCUCCGAGAGGCUCUGGUCCUUCACGAGGAAAGUCAGAGGCUGCAGCGGAUGUGUAGAGACCUGAAAGCGAAACAAGAGCUUGCCAAAGUUCUGAAGAGGGUACAGGAAUCGACUGUCGAAAGUUACAAUGGUAUCGGGGAUGAAGAAGACUUUCGAGGAUUGCUAGACCCUCCGGAUAUCGUUGCCUCCACCAAGUUUCAGCUGAACAUCACGCAUCCGGACUUUGGGCAGCACGGAGUGGACGAUCUUUUCCGAUCUUUGGGCCCGGUGGCCAUAUUCUCGGCUAAAAGACACUGGACAGCUCCACGUUUAAUACAGCUCCAAAGGGGCCCCGACGGCGAGGGCUUCGGUUUUAGCGUUCGCGGUGAUGCUCCGGUGAUCGUCGCGGCGGUCGAUCAUAAUUCCUUGGCGGACUUGGGUGGAAUGAAGGAAGGCGAUUUCAUAGUAGGUAUCGGCGACAAAGACGUAAAGUGGUCGUCCCACGAACAGGUGGUGCGACUAAUCAAACAGUCGGGAGAUUUCAUUAAUUUGAAACUGGUCACACCGAUGGAUAGAAAUUAUUUGAAGGUAAACGACAACGAUCCCCUGAUGGUUCCCCAACAGGAUUACGGACGGCCGUUGACCGAGUCGACCAAAGUGAUCGCUCGCGACGAACUACGGGAAGACGAAACAACCAGGAAACAAACGUUGGAUCAAUUUAGACAUUGGAUUCAGAAACAUUCGACCAUCAAGCGAUGCAGAACCGACGCGGCUUUUCUCCUCAGGUUUCUCAGGACCAAGAAAUUCAGUUUGCCGAUGGCGCAGGAAAUGCUCGAACGAUAUCUAACCAUUCGGCAAUUGUAUCCGAACUGGUUCCAGAAUCUGGAUAUCCAAGACCCAGACAUCGAAGCUAUCGUCGACGCCGGCUAUCUGGUACCGUUGCCUGAACGGGAUCGCCACGGUCGACGAGUGAUACUUUCUUGCGCUGGCCGCUUCGACCCGUACAAAUACACGUCCGCGCAAAUGGCUCGUGCCCACAGUCUUGUUGUGGAAGCCCUAAUGGACGACGAGGAGAAUCAAAUUCGCGGAUAUACGCACAUAAACGACGAAUCCGGAUUAACAAUGGGUCACCUAAGCGCCUGGUCUCUCACGGACAUACGUAACAUGUUGCGAUGUAUUCAAAACAGUACACCCAUGAGACACAAGGAAACGCACUUUGUCAAUAUUCCAAGUUGCGCAAACAAGAUCAUCGAAUUUGCUAUCUCGCUUCUUAACGACAAAUUGAAAGCUCGAAUUUCGGUGCACAAGAGCCUCGACGAAUUGAAGGAGGCAAUCGAUCCAAGAAUUUUACCGAAGGAAUACGGAGGCGAAAUCUCACUCCCCGAUAUGAUCGCUCAGUUUAAGGGAACGUUGAGGGCGCAAAGAGAUCGAAUCAAGGCGCUGGACGAGAUGUGCAUAGAGAUUUCAUCGAGCGACUGUCGAUCUUCUUCGAACGACAGUUUAAGCGGUAUACCUGGAUCGUUUCGGAAACUGGAAGUCGAUUGA